CAUUUGUGUUUAGUGAGUCCGCCAGAUCAGAUGCAGUAGGGAUGUGUGAAUUUAACAAUUUUCCUGUCCUGCUAAUCAUUCAAAAUGUAACGAGUACUUUUGGGUGUCAGGGAAAAGGUAUGGAGUAGAAAGUACAUUAUUUUCUUUGGGAAUGUAGUGGAGUAAAAGUAGAAGUUGUCAAAAAUAUAAAAAGUAAAGUACAGAUACCACAACAAACUACUUACGUAGUACUUAAAAUAUUUGUACUUAAGUACUUUACACCACUGAUUGCAGGGAAUACUGACUGACGAUGUUCCUCCCUACGAGGCCCAUGAGACUGUGUAUGGAUGUGAUUUGAAUAGGACUGUGACUGAAGAUAUUCCUCCCUAUGAGGCCCAUGAGACUGUGUAGGGAUGUGAUUUGAAUAGGACUGUGACUGAAGAUGUUCCUCCCUACGAGGCCCAUGAGACUGUGUAGGGAUGUGAUUUGAAUAGGACUGUGACUGAAGAUGUUCCUCCCAACGAGGCCCAUGAGACUGUGUAGAGAUGUGAAUUGAAUAGGACUGUGACUGAAGAUGUUCCUCCCCUACGAGGCCCAUGAGACUGUGUAGGGAUGUGAAUUGAAUAGGACUGUGAAUGAAGGAGUGGGAUGUUUUUAUUGAUCUAUUUUUGAAUGUUGUUUUGAUGUCGUUGUUCCCCCUCCCCUUAUCCAUAAUUGGACGUGUAUCUUUUUCUACAGUUUACUAACCGUACAGUAGGUGGCGGCAGACACGUUAUAUUUGUGUAAAUGUCAGUGUACCAGAGAAGAAGAUGACGCUGUUGCAAUGUCGUAUUGGGGAACAGGAAGUUCCGGGUAGAAAACGACAGAACUGUGUUUUGUCGAUAGUGGUUGUGUCCGUUUCAACUGUAUUAUUGUAGGUAUGUAAUAGCACGUUUAAACUUUCUAAUGUCAAAAGAAUAUAUAAUAUGCUAGGUAACAAAUCCUUUAAGGUAUUUUUACGUUUGGUAAAGAUUUUAAUUGUAUGUGUUAUUUUGGGGUCAAACCGAGUGAGUGAAGAACGUGAUUAAAAACGAUUUUACAAGUCACUUAGCUAGACUUUGGGGUUGUCUGAGUGUGUGUACAUAACUUCGUCAAAGUAAUUUCGUAAAGAUUCCACUUAUUUGAGUUCUUGGUUUUGUGUAAAAUGUUGUUUAUGAGCUGGUAAAUAGCCUCGUCCGAACCAUCCUGAUCUCGCGAGUUUACAUACACCGUUUGGUUAAUGUAAGUUCGCGAGAUCCGGGUGAUUCGGACGAGUCUAGUCAAAUGGCGGCUUCAACGGUUUCGGUCGUCUUUCUAGGAGUUUGCUCGUGAUGAAAUGGCGACAUGAGGCUGUGUGAUGGAGUGUCAAAACAGAGGGAAGCUAACUGAAGUUAUCCUUCACCAUUUGGAGAGAGAGGCCAACUGCAUGGAAUGGGGUCGAUUAAUGCGGAUGAAUCGGAGCACGUAUCAAACUCAUUCCAUGGAGGACCAAGUGUCUGCGGGUUUUUGCUCCAACCUUGUACCUGAUUAAUUAAUUAAGGUCACUAAUUAGAAAGGAACUCCCCUCAUCUGAUUGUCUAGAUUUUAAUUGAAAUUGAGAGAAAAAAAAUUAAACCCUCGGAGACUCGGCCCUCAAUGGAAUGAGGUUGACACCCCUCUAAACAAUGGAAAUGGAGAGAGAGUUUGAGAAGCAACAGUUGUGCUAGAAUGCGAUCAAUGUGGGGGACUUUUCUGAUAUGGAGCGGGAGGAUGAGGGCCUAGAAUGUGAAUGGUCUGUAGUGGGAAGACAUAGGAAAAACAGAGAUAAUGAUACUGUAAGCAGAGGUGCAUGUAGUAUAGAAACUCUAAAGAGGCCCAAGGUAGGGAGCUAGAGUAAUAAUGUCACAGUGGAAAGUUGGGAUGGUGUUUGAGGAGACCACAGGGCCUCAUUUACACCCUAUCUGAUUAACCAAGGCCAUAAAAAGAGGUGAAGUUAAACUGGGCCGCAUCCGUGUAAAUGAGAACUUGUUCUGAACUAGCCUACCUGGUUAAAUAAAGGUGAAAUAAAACAUUGAAAAUGGUUGAUUCUUAAUAUCUUGUGCUAGUCAGGUUCAGCAAGGGAAGCUUCUUCAAAUGGAAAAUCAUAAUGGGACGAAGCUCAGAAGCCAUGAUCCUGGAGCUUAUGCUAAAUGGAGCUUCUGUGGCUGGUCCCGUAGUAAGAGGACCUACUGUCAGAACUGGUCUUUCUACUUGUCCUGACAUGGUUUCGAGGGCUGUUCAGAAAUCUUGCGCCCAUAAAUGCGCUGUGACAAAGGAUACUUUAAUAUUGAAUAAAAUGUACUUCAUAGCUUUCAUUGGUAAGGUUAUCAACACUUGGUUUGUGUAAAGCAGAAAUACCAGGUUUAAAGUUAUCUUGUAAACUGCAGCAGAGUUGUUGGGGGUAACAGAUGUUACUGUCAGUAUGGUUUUUGAUAAGCUGGAUAACCUGGGGGUGGAUUGUCUCAGCAUGAUAUAAACUCCAAUGUUUGCAGACGCAGAAAGGGUUAUACUGAUCAAGUUUAUUGGGGGUGUGGGAGGGUUUUUGUGGAAGGAGAGGGUGUGGUAGAAGUUAAUAGGGAUUUCUUGGUUUAUUUUCUUAGUACAGAAUGAGACAGACAUGGACCUUAAACGUUUGUUUGCGGACCACCAUGAUACCAUAGGAGGUCUGCAUCAACGGACUUCAGUGCAGGCCGACUCAGAUUAAGUCUGAGGCCGGGAACAUCAACAGUGAGCACAAACCCAGCCUGCCUCUCUCCUUCCACACUGAGUAGAAACCUACAGUCACUGGGUCCUGAUUGUGACAGUGGAGCCCAGUUUGCACUGCAGGAUCCAGAGAUGGCAUCAGUGAAGCUGGAGGACUGCAGUCAAACACUGGAGCUGAAUGUCAACAUUAAAGUUGAAGAAGAGGACGAGAAGAUUAGGACAACUGUUAGUCAUGGCCGACUCAGAUUAAGUCUGAGGCCGGUAACAUCAACAGUGAGCACAAACCCAUCCUGCCACUUUCCUUCCACACUGAGUAGAAACCUACAGUCACUGGGUCCUGAUUGUGACGGUGGAGCCCAGUUUGCACUGCAGGAUCCAGAGAUGGCAUCAGUGAAGCUGGAAGACUGCAGUCAAACACUGGAGCUGAAUGUCAACAUUAAAGAUGAAGAAGAGGAGGAGAAGAUUGGGAUGAAGCUGGAGGACUGCAGUCAAACACUGGAGCUGAAUGUCAACAUUAAAGAUGAAGAAGAGGAAGAGAAGAUUGGGAAAUCUGUUUCUCAUGCCAGAAGAGGACUGGCCACCCCUCAGAGCCUGGUUCCUACCGUCCUAGCGAGUUUUUCAUGGCCACUGUGCUUCUACAUCUGCAUUGCUUGCUCUUUGGGGUUUUUAGGCUGGGUUUCUGUUAAGCACUUUGUGACAACUACUCAUGUAAAAAGGGCUUCAUAAAAUACAUUUGACUGACAUGUAUAUCACACCAACUGACUGGUUCUUCUGAUGUUGUUCACACAGGAGACCAUUUUGAGACAUGCUCUACAUCCAGAGAUCAAC